UGGAUAUGUAGGGCUGGUUGUGUUGUGAAUUUAUAUAAUUGUUUAAUCGGGUCUUGUCAUUUCGUGUGGAUUUUACAUUCAUAACUUUUUCGCAUAGACUAGCUAUUAUGGCGACUUUAAAAGCGUUGAUAACGCUGCAGGGCGCAAAAUGCAUCACUCUCGGCACAAAAUGCUUUUCCACUUCGACUGUGAGGGAGAGGAAAUCAUACAAGUUGGUUGUGGUGGGGGGCGGCGCCGGAGGGUGCAGUACAGCUGCAAAGUUCGCCAGAAAACUUGGCAAGGGACAGAUAGCAGUUAUUGAUCCCGCCGAAACACACUACUACCAGCCCUAUUGGACCCUGGUGGGCAGUGGCUUGAAAGAUGUGAAGGAUUCCGGGCGGCCAAUGAGAAGUGUCCUUCCAAAGAACUGUGACUGGAUACAGGACAAGGCGGUGGCCUUUGACCCGGAUAACUGUACAGUGACCACAUCAAAUGGCGAAUUGAUAAACUAUGAGUACUUGAUAGUGGCAAUGGGAUUACAGCUGAACUAUCACCAUAUCAAAGGCUUGCCAGAAGCAUUCGAUAUGGACGACACUAUAUGUUCCAACUACAGUAGAGCUACCGUGGUCAAAACAUUCCCAGCGCUGCAGGCCUUCAAGGGAGGUAAUGCGAUCUUUACCUUCCCCGUCUCUCCCAUCAAGUGUGCGGGAGCCCCGCAGAAAAUCAUGUACAUGGCAGAGCAUUACUUCAGAAAGACGGGUAAACGUGACCAGGCCAACAUCAUGUUCAACACGACGUUGGGAACCAUUUUUGGAGUAAAGAAAUAUGCAGAGAGUCUAACAAAAGUGGUCAAAGACAGAAAUAUCAACGUGAACUACAAGAGGAAUCUGAUAGAAGUUCGGCCUGACAAGAAAGAGGCGAUCUUCACAAAACUUGACAGUGAUAGUGGAGAGACUGAAACAUACCAUUAUGACUUUCUGCACGUUGUGCCUCCAAUGUCGGCGCCAGAUCCACUACGACUGGCGAAGAAAAUUGUCAACGAGACUGGCUACCUCGAAGUGAACCAGCACACGCUUCAACACAUGAAAUACCCCAACAUCUUCGGCAUCGGAGACUGCAUCAACGCGCCAACAUCCAAGACGGCCGCAGCUGCAGCGACUCAGUGCCAUAUAGUUUUUCAAAAUCUCUCGGCAGCCAUGGCUGGAAAAUCACCACACGCAGAGUACGAUGGCUACACGUCUUGUCCGCUCCUUACCGGGUACGGGAAAUGUAUCAUGGCAGAGUUUGAUUUCGCGGCGGAGCCUCUGGAAACAUUCCCCAUCGAUCAGGGCAAGGAGCGGCUCAGCAUGUACCACAUCAAGAAAGAUAUCCUCGCUCCAGUCUACUGGUACCUCAUGCUCCCGGGUUUCUGGAACGGCCCGAAGUUUUGGCGCCUGCUGCUCCACCUGGGAAUGGACACGGCGGUGAAGCCAAAGCAGGUUCCACAGCAGACAUAAGUCUGCUACAAUCCUAUGCAGCAGCAGCAGGAAGCGGAGAUUCGGAGAAGGAUGUCGGACACCGCUUGUGGUUAAUGAAAUAGUUAAUUCACACUAUCUUGGAAGAUAAACUAUAGAUUUACAGAGGACAGUGGCACACUUUUACACUUGACACAACAAUAAACAUGUUUCUAUAGUACACAGAUAAAAAAAUUUAAAAGAAUUUUUUUUGUUGCCCCACGAAUUCCAGAUUUUAGCAUUUAAAACAACAACUUGAACCCUGUAUUUUGUUCUUUCGUAGAAAGUUCACAAGGAACUGUGACUUUUGAAGACCUGUGACGUUUUCAGGUGUUUUUUGUUUGUUUGUUUGUUUUUUAAAGGAUCAUUCCCUAGUUUUUAAACACUAAUGCAUAUUUUUUACUAUUAGAGCCCUUUUUGAUAACUGAAAAUCAUACUUUACUUAGAG